AUGAACACAAUCAGUUUAAAUAGUAGUUUUGAUUUUCCAGAUUGUGUCUUGGUGUGUUUGCAUGUGCAGAAACAAAACCAGGUCAGAUAUAUACAGCUGAUAAGAAAGACAGCAGUAAGGUUGUAAAUAAAUGCCAAUGUAAGGAAUGCAGAUUUUGUGAAGACUAAAGAAGAAAGACGGAGCACAACCUUGAAUAACUUUGGUUAGAAAAAUGUCUGUAGUAUACUAAAUUAUAACAGCAGUUUAAAUAAGUGAAUGCCCACGCUCAUCCAUAUGUCAUCUCUCCUGUCUUGUUCACAAAAGGACCAUGACAACAACAAUGUGAGCUCACUUGUUUAAUCAUAAAAAAGAGAAGAUGACCUAAUGCAUCAAUUAGAACCAUAUUUUUUGUAAGGUACAUGCAAAUGAACAGACUGUGACAAAGAUGUUAAAAAAAUUUUAAUGGGCCCCGGAAAAAUGUUAAAACGGCAGCUUUAUGUUUCAGUGUUUACAUAUGAGACGACAAAUGCGAUGCUGCAUCCUGUGUUUCAGGACACACAAUUUGUCUUAUCGUUUUGCAAAUUUUGCGCUUUCAUCUCCAUGUUGACUUAGCUUCAGAAAGGGAGUUUUGUAGGUCAUGGUUUUAUGUAGAGUGUACUCUAGUUGACAAUAAGUAUACCAAAAUUUGUUCAAGUCAAACAAUUUAGCUAAAUGACUACACAGAAGGGUCAAGGAGGAUGAGUGGAAGGGGCCAAAAUGAUGGUUAAGCAUGAUGGGUGACAACAGAAAAACAAAAAAACUCCAGAGAUUCUCACUUUUUAUAAAGGGAAAACAAACAUAAAAAACUUUUUGUUGGAAUAAUAUUUCAUAACAUUUGGAUAUAAUUUUGUAAACUGCUUACAUCAUAAAACACAGUCUAAGAAAACCUUCUAUUUUGAUGUAGUAUAGUUCGCAAAAACCCUGACAAAGAACUGAUCGAACAGCCCAUAUCUGGGUCAAUUGUAUUUUGACUGACAGACUUAAAUUAUAUGAACACAUGUACUUUGUUAACUGAGAAAGUCUACUGUAUGAGUUCAGGUGAGCUCUCUUUGCCUGGUGAGAAGGUAGAAUGUACAUUUUUAGUAAAAGAAUGUAAAAGAAAAAGACCUAAAAAAAUGUGACAUGGAGUAAAUAAAGGCUAGAUGGUUUUGUGCAUAAGGGAAACAGAAUGAUUCAAAAAGUGUGUGAAUUAAAAAUAUGAAGCAAAUCAAAAUUUCAGAGUGAGUGUGGUGGAAAAUUAUGAUAAUUUGUGUAUAUAGUGUGUGUAUAUAUAUAGAAAUGUUUAGGCUCAAAUUUAGUGCAGUGUGGGCAGGACGGUGGUAAAUGGAAUGAUUCACAUCAAGGUGAACUCGCUGUUUCCUCUCCCCCGCCGUGCGGCUGCUGUAACAAUUCUUUCUGAUCGUGGGGGAAACAUUUACGUAGGAGGGAGAGGGGCUUGUCGUAUAAGAAGAGCCGACAUCAAAACUCAAAGUUUCAGAAGAGUGAAAGCACGCUGCUGCUUGAAAGACGAACACCACGUGUCUGUCGUUUGAACAAGACUUAUUGGAUCCUCUGCCCUUGUAUACAUUUCGGCGGGGAGAUUGUUUACUGAUAAACUGAGUCGAAAGACUCGACAGCUACACAUUUAAGGGCAAAGAUUUAUCCUGAGGAUGCAGUUCAGCUUGAUUUUAACCUCUCUUUUAUGUUUCACAACACGGAUGAGCAUGGUCCGAGCAAUCGACUGUCCUUGUACCACAGUCUCCAACAUGAGAGUCCAUCUUUCUAAAAUUAAGGAAUACACCAUUCAGGAGGACGGCAACUGUCCCUUUAGUGCAAUUGUGUUUCAGACAGUGAGCAGAAAGACCAUUUGCUCCAACCCCAAAGAUGACUGGGCAAACCGUGUUAUUCUGCAGCUGAAGAAAAGACAGAAUCAAAAAAUAUCAAAAGACUCCUCAUCAGGAUCAGAAUCACCAUCAGCCCCAUCAUCAGCACAAGGAUCAGAACAAACAGAAACACCAGCAUUAGCACCAGGAUCAGAGCUACCAUCUGCACCAGCAUUAGUACCAUCAACGUCACCAAGAUCAGAACAAACAGCACCAGCAUCAGCACCAGCAUUAGUACUGGAAUCAGAGCCACCAUCAACACCAUCAAUAGCACCAGAAUCAGAACCACCAUCAACACCAGCAACUUCACCAGGAUCAGAACCAGCAACAGCACCAAGAUCAGCAUUAGUACCAUCAAUGUCAUCAAUGUCACCAGCAUCAAAUCCAACAUCAGCACCAGCAUCAGCACUGGAAUCAGAAUCAACACCAUCAGCUUCACCAGAAUCAGAACCACCAUCAACACCAGCAACUUCACCAGCAUCAGAACCAGCAACAGUGCCAUCAGCACCAUCAACAGAACUAGGAUCAGAACCACCAUCAACACCAUCAGGCCCAGCAACAUUAUCAGGAUCAGAACCAACAUCAGAACUAACAUCAGCAUCAUCAACCAAAACAUCAACCUCUUCAAAAGCACCAUCAUCAACAACUUUAUACCCGAUAUCUGCAAAAUCCACUCCAAAUCCAACAUCAGCACCAAACACCACUUCUGGUUCCAGGUCAGCACUCCACCAUAUUCUAGCAACGUCCUCGACAACAAGAAGAGCAUCAACACAAAGACAUUUAACACUAAGGAAAUGACAAAACAAGGAAAUGAAGAACUGGCAGAGAAGAUGUACAUAGAAAUCUAAGUGGCCGCUGUCAGCAAAGUUACUUCAAAGACGUGUGGCAUGCAAUAUUUAAAUACAGUGGCUUUCAAUGCAUUGCACCUCAUGAACACAUAAAAUAAAUUCAGAAUGAAGGGUUGCAAUAUAUGUGUGUUUGAUAUUUCUAUUUCUUUGUUUCUUGUUUGUAAUUUUUAUUCCUCAUUUAUUCAACGCAAAAAAGAUUGUCUUGUAACUCCUCCUGUGGAUCAAAGCUUUAAUAGUACAAUUAAAUAAUUUUAACGUUAUGCUUGAUUUCUCUACUGUGUGCAUGUAAAGAUGAAUGACUAUUUAUAAUUUGUAUGUAAUGCAAAUAAACUAUAAGUAUUCUUACUUAAAAUUAAAAUCAUAAUUCAACAAA